UUUAGUACAAUUCUUAUGGUUAAAUAAUAAGAUUCGGUGCAAUGAUGGAAAUUGACGCUGCCUCCAGCGGCUCGAGCGAUUCUCACAUGGGGAGUUUCUGUCACCCCAUGGGGAACAUUAACUAUUAUUCGGACAAUUUAUAUUUCGCGACGAAUUGCAAGCUGGACAAUUACUUUAUGGGUGAAAAGUUGGUGAAAAAGGACACUGCGGGUGUUGGUGCUAAAAAGUUGGAUUAUUUUAAGAAAGAUGAUUAUAGUUUGGUUAAGAACAAAAGUGACGUUGAUAAGAGGGUGAUGGGGUAUGCGGAGUGUUUCGAGAAGAAGACUGAUGAUGGGCGGAGACUGCAAUUGGAUUUUUAUAGUAGUAGUACCAAUGUAAAUAAAAAUGAAGGUUCGAUACAACUGAAUGGUCUGGACAGUUUUGGAAAGAAACCACUGAGCUUUUCACCAGAUCAAGUACAAUGUAUGUGUGAAGCUCUUCAACAAAGAGGUGACAUCGAAAAAUUAGCAACGUUCCUAUGGUCACUUCCACAAUCGGAGCUUCUAAGGGGCAACGAAAGUAUUCUUCGUGCUCGAGCUGCAGUGGCGUUUCACAGGGGAUCAUACCACGAACUAUAUUCGAUAUUGGAGUCCCACGCAUUUCACACCAGGUGGCAUUCCGAAUUGCAAACGUUAUGGUUUAAAGCACAUUAUAACGAAGCUGAGAAAAUCCGUGGGAGACCUCUAGGAGCUGUCGACAAAUACCGACUACGCAAAAAGUAUCCUUUACCAAAAACAAUAUGGGACGGUGAGGAAACAGUCUAUUGUUUUAAGGAAAGAAGUAGGAAUGCUUUAAAAGACUGCUAUAGUAGAAAUCGAUAUCCAACGCCAGAUGAAAAACGAGCGUUAGCAAAAAGGACUGGAUUAACUUUAACUCAAGUGUCGAAUUGGUUCAAAAAUAGGAGGCAGAGGGACAGGACGCCACAAUCUAGGCCUGAACUUAUAAUUGGCAAUAUGUCACUAACCCACCAGAGCAACAUUAUGACGUCCAUGGGAAGCCAUCAAGGGGGAUUGGACAUGACAGCUUUCCAGACGGCUACAAAACUGUUUGAUCCAAACUGUACAAUAACCUCUUGUUAUCAAGACUACCAAGUAGCAUAAUAUAUGUAAAAAAUG